CCUCCCCCCAUCCCAUUUUCAGCCCCGACCUCACCCUCCUCCUCUCCUCCUCUCGUUUUUCCGAUCACCAGAGACCAGCGCCGCGCCUCGCCGUCGCCUCCUGCUCCUCCCUUCUCUCCUCUCUUUCGUCCCUGGCGUACGCAGAAGGCGCAGGAGAGCCGCGACAUCCUUCGAUCGGAAAAUCGCGUCGAGCCUCCUUCUCCUCGACUUUCCGGCGACGUUGGCCCCUCUCUCGCCGACGAAGAAGCUCCGGUCUCUCCCUCAUUCAUUGCUUCCCGUUCCGGCUGGCGCAGCGAACCAAGAAGCUGCGAUCGCAGCUCGCAGUAGGUACGCAGUCGCGUUAUCUGCUCCCCUUUUCGAUUUUCCGGCAAGACCGCCACCAGCCGGGGGAACCAUCUCCUCCCUUCCUGUCAUCUCUUUACUGCACGUCACCGUUCUUUCCUCCGGCCAAAUUAGCGACGGCAGAACCAGACCUCGAUCAUUGAAGCUGUUUCCGGUCACUUUUACCCAAAAUAUUCAGUUUUCCGACAUUUUCGCAACUGAAGACAGGGUGGAGAAAGGAGAAUGAUCAGCGGACAAAUGCAGAAAUGUCGAAAUUUAUUGAUUUCUAAAGGUCUUAUGACACAGAAUGUCGUCAUUUCUAGCAAGUGUUUCCUACAUAAUGGUCCAGACAGCAUUGAAGAAUUACUAGAUCGGCAUGUGGUGAAGAAAAAGCAAUCAGUAGAUGAUGAUGAUGAGGAAGAAUUGCUGAAUCGGCAGCGACUCACCAGUAAUCGGAGAGAGGCGCUGCAUCUGUAUCGAGACAUCCAGCGGGCAACACGGUUCUUCAUGUGGCCUGAUUCACGGGGCGUGUUAUGGAGAGAUGUGUUGAGGGAGAAUGCUAGGAAGGAGUUUGAGGAGGCACGGUUUGAGAAGGACCCAGAAAUUGUGACCCGAUUGAUCAUUGGUGGCCGAGAUGCUGUGCAGUCAGCUCUUGAGAAACUUGCUGAGAAGCAGAGGCAGCAGAUUGAGAAGGAACAGAAGAGCGGUGGAAAUCACCGUUGAUGAACAUAUUUUCCCUUUGUUUCAUAUUUGUGUGUGAAAUGAAUGUUAUGCUAUGUAUUUACAUGUAAAUUGCUGCUUGGAAUAAGAAAAGGUAUAUGAUAUUGAAUUAGGAUUUACUGGAAA